AUGCUCCGUGCAGUUCGUUUCCAAACGGACUACUUUUCAUUUUUAAGCUCAUAUUUCAGACGUGCUCAUCGCAGCGAUUGCGGCCCAGGAAUUGAGUCCGGCUUCCAUCUAGAACACCGUCCCCGUGUUCUUCCGUGAUUAUGUAAACGGCCAAUUGUAAGUUUAUUCUAAAGAAACGUUCCCACGUCUUUGUUAUUGCAGCAACCAGACCAGAAGACAACAACGCACACACGAUGAUGUCCAGCCUGCUAAGGCUCGCAAAGUGGCCGAGGGGUCGUUCGUGGGCUGUUCCAGCGUGGCUCCGGCGACCACUUCUGAUGCGUUCGGUUCUGUUUCCAAUGAGGACCUCGAUGCGACUUGGAUCUUAUAAUUACUUCCUCCUUCUAGAUCACCCCACACACAACUUAUUCUCUACUUUUUCACAUAGUUCUUGUUGUUUUGUAUUACUUCCCAAUUCUAUUUUUUUCUCUUCCCAGUUGACCUGUUUGUUGCCUCUAUCUCAAUAAAUUGAUUUCCAGAUCUUUUUUAUCGCGUUUUUCGGUUUUUAACCAAUUUCGAGUACUGAACUCCCAAAAAUCGCUUGGAGCCUGCUAAUCUUAUCCGAACAUUCACAGUUGUUACCAGAAGCUUCGAAUUUUACCUGAAGGUUUGCAUAUCUUUCCCGAAAAUUCACAAAAAUUAUAUGGUAACAGCGGUUCCUGGCGAAUCUGCUCCGACUUCGGGUAACUUUGAAACAUUUGGUGCUUGAGUAAUUUCCAGUGCCAAAAUGAAGAGAGUAAUUGGUCUGGUUGACAUGGACUGUUUUUAUGCUCAAGUCGAACAAAGAGAGAAUCCGGAAUUGUGGGGUAAGCCCGUAAUCGUCGUACAACACUCCAGACAAGGAGUCGCGGGUGGGUGAGUUUGACUCGUACAACGCUUCGGCAUGAAUUGUUUUAGAAUCCUGGCUGUAAGUUAUGAAGCACGAGCGUUUGGCGUAAAAAGAGGACAGUCAGUUGUGGAGGCGAAAAUGAAAUGCUCACAUCUUAAAGUUUGCCAUGUACCUAUCGGAGAAUACGCAGACAAAGCAGAUAUUCAGAAAUACAGGUGUGUUUGACAGGAGUCUUUCAUAACUGUAGUUUGUUCUAGGAAUGCGAGCGCUGAAGUAUUCAACGUUCUAAACAACUUCGACUCUUCCAUUGUGAUCGAAAAGGCAUCCGUCGACGAAGCAUUUCUGGAUUUGACAACAUUUGUCGAACAAAACAUCAAUAAAUGGGGAGGAGACAACUUUACGUCAAAAUCGUUACUUCCAAUGAUACCAUCAUCGCAUGUGGCCAGUGGAGUGGACGCCAAGGAAACUGAUAUUGAAAGAAGACAACAUUUAUCAGCAUUCAUUGAAGCUUGUCAAACUGAUGAUGAACAGCGUCGUCUUCUCAUUGCAGCUAUAACAAUUGAAGACAUUCGAAAACGAAUUCACGAAGCCACUCAAUUUUACUGUUCUGCCGGAAUUGGUAAUAACAAGAUGAUGGCAAAGCUUGUGUGCGCUAGACACAAACCGCGGCAGCAAACAAUUGUACCAUGGCAGUACACUAAAGAAAUUUUGAAAAUGACACCGAUUGGAGAUGUACGAGGUUUUGGAGGCAAACUGGGAAACCGAAUUCAAGAAAAGUUGAACGUCAAGGCAAGUUUCCCCAUCAAACAUUAUUUUCAAAGACGUAUUUCAGUACAUGGGCGACAUACUCUCCGUGAAUGACUCUUGGUUGAUUGAAUCGUUUCCCGACCAGCACGAAUGGUUAAGAGCAGUAUGUGAAGGCUUCGAUGAUGAGCCUGUACGGCCAAGAGCUGAAAGUUCAUCGAUUGCAGUUAGCAAAAACUUUCCCGGACGGAGUGCCAUAA